AUCCCCCAUCCACACCCAUCAUCCCUACUACCUGCUUUCAACUAGCUACUCCUCACUUACCUGUUCUGUAUACACAUAUCAAACUGAAUAACGAUGCCAAAAGUUAAAACUCUCAGUUCACGUGAAUCCUGCCACUCUGAGAACCCAUAUCGUGCUGGCGAUAAAGCUUGCUGUGCUGAAUGUGACAGACGGUUCUCCACCAAGACGGCCGUCAUGUUACACAAAAAGAUACAUCCAGAUGGAAUUGAUGAGAAGAAAUGCUUCCUCUGGUGCCCCGUCGCGGGUUGCAACUAUCACGCCCUUCAGAAGGGUAAUUUACUUUCAGCGCAUGCCAACGUACACACUGGCAAGCGGCCACAUGCAUGUCCUGACUGUCCAUCCGAGUUCGGCGACCCUAGUUCCCUUUGCAGACACAGAAGAAGUCUGCAUUCGAGCCGCACAACUAAAAGUCAACUCGACGUUGACGAUUCUACGACUUCAAAAGAUGAUCCAGUGCUCCUCCCUCGCAAACGUCCUAUUGAGCAGCCGUCCAUCGCCAUGGUGCUCUCUCAGCAGCAAGUCUCAACAGAUUGGUUUGACUCGUAUGCAGGACAAGAGAAUCACUCUUCUCGACAACCUCUACAUCCUUCGAGCGGAACUCGAGCCAUCGCCCUUCCGGGAACAUUUUAUUCUGCAUGGAGCUCUUGUGGCAAGAUGGCCACUGGCCCAUCUCAGUUCGCUCCUGUGUCUACUACACAAGCUCGUUCGCCCUUAGGGCUAGCUGCCGUCGCCAAUACAAAUUACCCGUUCACAUCACUCAAUACAAACUUCGCUUCUGGAUCUGGAUCUGGGAACACCUUCGCUCAAGAGAACUCUUUCUCGUCGUAUUGGCAACCACAGACUGGUUUGUUCCCCAACAUCUCGAACUACAACAACAACGCUCACCGUGCACAUCUGGGCAAUUCGACUCGCAUGCAGCCAAGCCAGCACAACCUCAGCUGGUCGAUGCCUUCUUACAUUCAAAAUGAUUCGGAAAACCUACCGGUUAUCGAGCAACCGUUCGCUUCCUCAAGCCAGUUGCGUUACUUUGAUUCAACUCCAGCUCCGAGGUUCCCAGACUUAGAUGAUGUCUUUCCUAAUGAUGCUGAUCGGGACUCUCCGCCGCCUCCCUAUUACUCCGUCGCUGCUGCGACGACGGCUUCGCAGAAGGGCGCGAGUUCCAACAACCUUGACCUCUGAAUUACUUAUCACUGAAAUUAUUUUAUCUUGUAAACAUACCCCCCUUCGAUGCCGUUGCAUUAUUUUCUUUUUUGUAUACCCCGGUUAUCAUAGAGUUUUUUGUGUCCAGUCUUCGGUUUCUAUGUUGGAAGAGGUUAUUUCAAACACAUAUACUUACUCAUCUCUUAUUAAUACUUCAAUCAUUAUUUCGUGCUCUCUUCUGAGCGAGGUGUCCGCCCUGGCUAUCAUCCAAUUUGCAUACCAUCCUAUGCUGACUGUUUCACGCACUGGGACAAUAAGAAUUUCCGCUUUAG